AGUUGGGGUAUUUUUAUGUUUGAAGUAUUUAAAAAGAAUAUCAUCAUUUGAUAAGUUAUUCAAAUCUCGAUUCAGGCUUGGCACAACAUAAUCGAGGAGUUAUCGCCGCCAUGACUACAGCAGGAGUGCGGGUAGUGAUCCUGGUAAUGAUGACGGUUUCAUCCGCAAGAAGCAAUGAUGAUGAUGAUGAUCGAAGAGUAACCAGAGACGACAUGAAGGCUGCUAUAGAUUACGCUACAGCAUGUGGUUGUCCGGUAUUUGCUUGUAUCGGAAGAAUGCAGACUUGCCUGUUGUCGGGGAUAUGUAAGCAAUGCUCGAUGGCACUGCCUGGCAAGAGACAACAAAACAAUCUCGUGUUUGGCAAAUUGAAACCAAUUAACGAUGCAGAACGUGUGAGGAAACCAGUCUCAUUUAUUAACUCAGAUGCAGACGCCAAUGUCGAGUUCGCAUUAAAUAAUGAUUUCAGACUUAACAGACAUUUUCCAAAAUAUGAGAAACGAUUUUGGCAAGUGUCCUUUCCUAAAUAUCGCCCGAGUCCAAAACAACCGAAAACUGGACAAGACAAAUUGAAAGAGAUUAUCAGAAACUUUAAAGAACCUGAACGCCAGAGAACUACAGCGCAAGCAACAAGAAUAUAUGCCAUUCAAAACCCUUUCGUUGAUGUGCACCGCAUGUGGCGAAACGCUCUGAUCGGUAUUCCGUAUACAGGAUGGUUUAAGAGACCUCUCUAAUAGAAGUAAAUGAAUUCCACUGCCAAUGUGAAGCAAGGAGCAACAUUUGAUUUGAACAAUCCCAAUAGUCUGAUAGUCUAUACUACUUUCUCUCUGCGGAAGAACAUCUCUUUUAAAUGCCGGAAAACGUAGACAAUUGAAAUUGGGGCCUUACUGGCCUGCUAAUAUUGAAUUCUGCCCAUUACAGUUACAAUUGUACAGCCCCAUACGCAAGUCUUAGGAUUAAACUAUUAAUUCAUUUACAAUGUAUUUUCUUCAUUUAGUACUGACAACAUGCAACAAUGAGCAAUAGGCUUGAAUUGAAUAAUUGGAUUCUGUCUCAAUCAGAAAUGACCUACUUUUAUUUACAGUUGCACAGCCUCAUUCACAGUUCUUGGGAUUUAACUAUUGUAUUUAUUUAUUUUAGCAUGUUUAGUAAGAGGUCUUGCAAUAUAGUAAUAGUCGUUAUAAUGCUAGAUCAUGUGAUUGAACAAUAUACAGGGACAAUUAAGAGUUAAAAAAUAUUUUAGUUUGUCGAUUCGUCAUAUUGGUCUGAAUGUAAUUCACAAAAAAACUUUUUUGCAUGCUAUUAACAAAAUAAAAAUCCAAAAAAAC